UUUCGGCGAUACUCCACUUCACCUAGCUGUUCAAUUCGAUCACCCUGAAAUAGUCAAGUUUCUGGUGGAGAACGGGGCGGAUCAAACAAUUAGGAACCGUCAAGGGGUGACG